AUGUCUUUUGAUUCAACCGAGGAGAAAACCAGAGGGUUCUCGCACCCGAUAUACUCAUCUCACAAAUUCAAGAUGUCACAGCAACAGCAACACUAUCCUAGUCACAAUGCACCAGCACCACCUCCGUAUACUGGACAAUAUCAGCCGAUGCCACCAAACCCUCAAUAUGGAUACCCUCCCCAGCCGUAUGCCAGUCAUCCACAACCAAUGAUGGGCAAUCCCCAGUACCCUCCUCAGCCGCAUCACACCCAGAGUGCAAUGCGCUCCCUGAAAAUCGAGUUCUCCAGUUGGACAUCAAGACACCUAGCAAUCAAUGAUGUCGGGCAAGGCUCGUUGCUCUAUACGGUCGACCUACACAACCGAAACCCACAGAUGGAAUUCAAGAAUGUCGCAACGAACAAUACCAUCGCCACGGUGCAUAUGCGGUCUUUGAAGCCAGAAAUGGACAUCAAGCUCCAUGGUCGUGAUAUUCAUCUUCGCGUCCACCGCUCCAUGAAACCCGAGACAACGUAUCACUCAAUCGCGUUUCCCACCAUGUCUUUUACAUGGAAGACCACUAGUGCCUGGAAGUUCCUCAGUUUUGAAUGUGUGGACCAGAACAAGGUCACCGUUGCCAGGUUCACGCCGGCUUCUUCUUGCUCUAUGCGCAAGUUCGGUCAAUUGGACAUUCUGCUCCCGCAGGCUACCAGCGGAGCCGCUAUGGAUGAACUGAUGCUCACGGGCGUGUCCUUUAUGUAUUACCAAUAUCUAAGCCAUACGCGGAACACCACUGUCGCUGUCACUGCCUAA